AUGGAGAAGGAAGAGGAGACCCGGGAGAUCCUGCUCCCCAACUGGCAAGGCAGCGGCUCCCACGGCAUCACCAUCGACCAGACGGAUGACGGGGUCUUCGUCAAGCGCGUGCAGCAAAACUCCCCGGCUGCCAAGAUGGGUGUCGUGAAGGAAGGGGAUCAGAUUGUGAGCGCCACGGUCUACUUCGACAACCUGCAAUCCGGGGAAGUCACGCAGCUUCUCAACAGCAUGGGCCACCACACGGUGGGCUUGCGCUUGCAACGGAAAGGAGACAAAUCUCCGCUGCCGGGACAGUCAUGGUCACACGACGUCUUUGCGGCCAGCAGCCCAGAAGUUGUUCUGAGUGGCGAUGACGAGGAGUACAGGAGGAUCUACACAACGAAAAUCAAACCCCGGCUGAAGUCGGAGGAGGCGGUGGAAGCGGAGUGCGGUGGAACGCAGAGCAGGACCAUUACGGUCACCAGAAAAGUGACGGCCUACACCGUUGAUGUCACUAGGCACGACGGAACAAAAGACGUCGACGUCAUCGGCCCAGAGUUUAAAAUCCGGAUCCCGACCAAGGAAAUCACCCACGUGAUGAAGACUGACGUCGAAACCGAGCCUGGGAAAACCGUGAUUAAAACGGCACCGGGGAGAAGCACCAUGGACUGGAGCAUGGACAUCAAAGGGGCACCUCCAGGACCAACGGUUGGAUCUUCUGGCCAGAAGUUGGACGUCCACCUCAGCGAGGUUCAGUUCGGAAAACCCGGGAUAACCGUGUCGGGAACGCAAAUGAGGACUGAGAUGGACCCUAUGUUGUCGGAAAGCCGAGUUCCUGGUGGGGAGACUGGAAAAUCUGUUACGGUAGAGAUGCCGGGACAUAACGUUUCUAGCACGACGUUCCUGGGCCCUCAAGGCAACUUGCCCAGAAUCGAAGCAAAUGGACAGAUGGGAAACCUGGACGCGGGUUUUCACGUCAAGGGUCCCAGGUUGGAUGGCAAAGGACACAUUUCUGGCACCGACGUCCAAGGGGAGCUGCUGGGGGGUACGCUGUCACACGCUGAUGCUUCUGCCCCUUGUCUUCAGGGAGAUAUCAAAGCCCCCGGAGUGGACGUUUCGUUACCGGUGAUGGAAAAUCCAGCUGUCGAUGUGGGAAAAAUCAAGUUUCCCGUUUUGAAAAUGCCCAAAUUUGGGUUUCCGACCGCAGGAGCUGGCAUGGAAGCUCAAGCCCCGCAGGUGGGCACCGACGUUCCCAUGCCGAAGCUGCAAGCUCCGUGCGUGGACGUUGCCUCCUCAUCCGUCCAGGUCACGGGACCUGAAGUUUCACCUCCUUCAGUCAAAGUCCCGAAGCCACAGGCGGACAUGGGGUUGAAGGGUGCCGUGAAGGCCCCCUCCCCAGACCUGGAAGUCCCUGGCGUGGGUAUCAAAGGACCCAGCGUGGAGCUCCCUGACGCAAAUGUUCACGGCGGCAAGGGAAAAGUCAAAAUACCACACCUAACCUUUCCAAAAUUCACUGCCUUGGACUCUCAAGGGGAAGGUCCCGUUGUGGAAAUGGUGCUCCCAAAGGGGGAGGUGGGGCCAGCAGCGUCCGAGGUAGACGUUGGCAUUCCCGAUGUGGCCAUCAAAGGAGAAUGGAAAGGUCCCAAGUUCAAGAAGGUUGAAACGCCCCAAAUCUCUCUGUCGGAUGUAAACUUGAACCUGAAGGGCCCUCAGGUGAAGGGAGAUAUGGGUGUCACCGUCCCCGGAGUGGAAGGGGAUGUCAAAGGACUUGGCUCUAAGGGUCUAAAGAUGGACGUAAAGGUUCCUGAUGUCGAAUUUGAAAGUCCAGAGGGUUGUUUGAAAGGGCCUGGUAUAUCCGCACCAGGUAUGGACGUUAACGUGAAGGGACCUAAGAUUAAGGGAGAAGUGGAUGUUUCUAUGCCAAAGAUGGGUGGCAACUUGAAAGGACCUCAGCUUGACAUUCAAGGCCCCAAACUGGGAGUGGACAUGCCUGCUGUAGAUGUCAAAGGCCCCAAAGUUACAAUGCCAGAG